UGAUGGACACACAGGAGCUCACUUGCUUUCUCUUUCACUGCCCUAUAUCCUGUAUUUUCCUGACAGGACACCGGUUGUUUUGUGGAAUCGUCUCUGUAUUUUCACCUUUGACUCACCUGUAAAGUCAAACAGAGUCUUAAACUUCUUCCCUCUCACCUUCUUGGAUCUUCUCUUUUCUCCUGUUGGGAUUUUUUCUUCUUCUUUUUUUCCCCCUGCCUGGUUGCCUGCUCUCCUGUGUGAAGAUCAAGCCUUCCUUUCCCCCCUGCUCUCCUUCUCCUCUUCCUCCCAUCUUCCACUGUUCCCUGUGUCCUUGUGUGUAGUUUUGGGCUAUGCUCUCCUCACCCACUGUGAUUCUCCAGCCAUAUGGACUGCCUGUCUACCAACAGACACCCACAUGCUACCCCAGCAUAGUUCAGGGAGGUGCCACCCAGGAGGCCGGCCCGGGGAGCGGCGACCCCGCCCUAUCUCAGGUCUACGCCCCGCCUCCUUCUUACCCCCCACCGGGACAAGGUCCGCCAACAUCUGCGGGCAGACUGCCCCCUCUGGACUUCACCUCUGCACAUGCCGGUUCAGAGUACGCAGAGCAUCCCCAACUCAGAGUCUAUCAGGGCCCUCAGCUCGAAGGGGCCGAGGCCCUGACGUCCGGCUCCGCGGAGGACGCUUUGGCCCCUGUGACCUCUGACCCCCAGUCUCUGAGUGUGUCCGUGUCAUCAGGAGGCGGGGCAGGAAGUGGAAGUGAGGAGGAGGGGUCAGGUAAGGCCCAACCCAAACGCCUCCACGUCUCCAACAUCCCGUUCCGCUUCAGAGACCCAGACCUCCGCCAGAUGUUUGGGCAGUUUGGCAAGAUCCUUGAUGUAGAAAUCAUCUUCAAUGAGAGGGGGUCCAAGGGCUUUGGAUUCGUAACCUUCGAGAGCGCCGCUGAGGCUGACCGAGCUCGAGAAAAGCUGAACGGAACAAUCGUGGAAGGGAGAAAGAUUGAGGUUAAUAAUGCCACUGCAAGAGUAGUGACCAAGAAGCCCCAGACGCCUCUGGUGAAUGGUGACAUUUCAACUUCUGGAUGGAAGAUCAACCCUGUCAUGGGAGCAAUGUAUGCACCUGAGCUCUAUACAGUUGCCAGUUUUCCGUACCCUGUAGCGACUCCCACCUUGGCCUAUCGGGGCUCUGCAUUGCGUGGUCGAGGUCGAGCCGUCUACAACACGAUUCGCUCUGCAGCUGCAGCCGCACCUGCAGCUGCUGUCCCCGCCUACCCUGGGGUUGUAUACCAGGACGGACUGUAUGGAGCAGAGGUUUAUGGUGGAUAUCCAGCAGCUUAUAGAGUGGCUCAAUCAGCAUCUGCUGCCACGGCGACCUACAGUGAUGGAUAUGGACGGGUGUACGCCACAGCCGCAGACCCCUACCACCACUCAGUCGGACCAACGACGACAUAUGGAGUUGGUACAAUGAUCUGCUGA